AGAGAGAGAGAGAGAGAGAAGGCAGCAGGCGGACUCGGCUAAAGCUAACGGGGAGAAAAACAUGGAGCUGUCUGCAGUGGGGGAGAGGGUCUUCGCCGCCGAGUCCAUCAUCAAGCGGCGGAUCAGAAGAGCUCGGCGCUAACCUCUCAUACACGUUUCUCUUCUCUUGCAUGUGUGAUGGCGCAGGGUCGGAUGGAGUAUCUGGUGAAAUGGAAAGGCUGGUCGCAAAAGUACAGCACCUGGGAACCUGAAGAGAACAUUCUGGACUCUCGGCUCUUUGCCGCGUUUGAGGAAAGAGAGCGUGAAAGAGAACUGUUUGGGCCCAAGAAGAGAGGACCGAAACUCAAGACCUUUCUAAUGAAGGCUCAGGCCAAAGCCAAAGCGAGGUCCUACGAGUUCCGUGGUGAGUCUUCACGCAGCUUCCGCAUUAACUACUCAAAUCCUGAGCCUCAUGUGACACCGAGGGCCAGAGAAGGUCUGCGCAGCAUCGUCCCCACCAUCUUUCCUCCCAGCACGGUGAACCGUGGCGAAAGCAUCCGAUCCAGCCACCAAGAACCGACUCGAGAUCAUCGCCCUCUUCUGGUCCAGAGAACCGAAUCAGACAGGACGGGCCACAUGCCAAAAAAACGUGGUCGCAAACCCAAACUGUUUCGAGAGGGCUACACGAGCAUCCUACAUGCAGAAACGAGCAAGAUGGACGAGUCCAUGUCGGGCAUCCCGUCCAAAAUGGCACGUCUUGAACUGGGCGAGGAUGAUGAGGACGCUUUGAGCGUGAAGUCUCAAAAGCCACAGAACCCUCUCCUCUUUCCUCUUCGGACGAUGGAAUGGACCAAAACGAGGGAGGACUGCAGGACUCGAGAUCAUUCCACCAGUCAUUUUCACCGCAAAUACCUUAAACAUCUCAGACAUCAUGCAGCAUUCAAACACGGCAACACCUCAGCUUUUAAACAUCAUCAUCAUCAUCAUCAGCAUCAUUCUCACCGUCAUCACCAUCAUCAUCACCAGCCUUCACUUAUCGCUAAGAUUCCAAUGGCACGGAUCCUCGGGGAACCAGAGGAGGAGGUGGAACAGGAGGAGGACAAGGACAUGUGGAGACCGUGCUUCAGCAGCGUGGAGAAGGUCACGAUCACAGAUGUGACGACAAACUUUUUAACUGUCACCAUCAAAGAGAGUAACACAGACAAAGGCUUCUUUAAAGACAAGAGAUGAUUUCUUUCCUGUUACCUACAGACCCAUUUUCAGCUACAGCUCUAAACUCAUGAAGUAAAAUUCCACAUGAGCAGUAUCAGUACCUUCAACAUGUCAGAACAUCGACAUGAGAAGAUUAGUUCCCCAGACCAUGAUCUUCUAAAGACAAACCUUUCUCCAAAAGAGGAAUAUUUUCAUGAAAAAUCUUAGUAUUAUUUAAUAAUUACUGAUAAUUAUUGUGAUAAUAUUGUAGACAUUUGAUCAUGUGAUCAUUCAACAAACAUUUACAAUAAAGAUGUCAAGUUUCUUUAAAGAGAGAGAAAAGAGAGAAAAUAAACUUUUCUGAUUCCCCAAAAACCUACCAGAAAUUUGGAUACAUCUUGACGAUGAACUGAAGGAUUCUCACCACGUUCUCACCACGUUCUCACCACAUUCUUAUACUGUAUAUGAAAUUAUAUAUUCAGCAUCAAAAUAUCACAAAUGGUUCAUUUUCCUCUGAAAAAUAUUCGUCACCUUUGUGUUUAAAGUCGUGUUUUCACAGUUGCAGUCUUUCUUUCACAUCACCAUGUGCUGUAUAUGAUGGACAUCAAGUUACACAAGUUCUGCUCUGUUUUCUAUGUUAAACACUGAACCGUGAUCAAGAAAAUGUUUGCAUGCACUAGAUGAAGUUUCUAGACAAAGUCACUAGACAAAGAUCCAUGUUUGGGAUUGUAAAUGUGUGUAUGUUCGGCUCCUGGAGAUCUUUUCUUGUAAAAAAAACAAAAAAAAAAAGACAAACGUUUUAAAUUCACAAAUCAUAUACUAAACUAAAUAUAUAUAUAACACCA